ACCGGUUUCCUCCCACAUCCCAAAAAACAUGCAACAUGAAUUGGACCCUCUAAAUUGUCCCUAGGUGUGAUUGGGAGUGCGACUGUUUGUGUCUAUGUGCCUUAUGAUUGGCUGGCGACCAGUUCAGGGUGUAUCCCGGCUCCUGCCCGUUGACAACUGGGAUAGGCUCCACCACUUCCCGUAACCCCCGUGAGGAUAAGCGGUGAAGAACAUGGAUGGAUGGAUAAUUUAGUUUAUUUUUCUGUUAACGCUCAAUCUGGAAUGAUUCAUAUUUUCAUUAUUUAAAAAAUAUACAGCGGUGAUUAUGUGAAAUGUAAGCGCCGGUUGCUACAGCAACAUCAUUUUAAAAGUGCAGAUGAGGACGAGAAAGAUUUUUUUUUUCUCGUCCAUGAUGAUUUCAAGCUGAGUAAAAGAGAGGUAAAUUUAUAUCCACACUUGGAACCUUUUUUUUUCUCGAGUUCACUUGAUUUAUGCGAAGAAAUAAUAAAGCUAUCCGUUUCGGUGCAUAAAGCGUACAGUAUUGUGCACAAAAGCUAUGAGUGGCAAAGGUGAUCCAUCACCAGGAUUUGCAUGCUCAGUAUUUGCGCUUUGAAACGGUCUUCGGGUGCGAUAAAUAUCUCACCUGAGCAUAGCGCAAAGAGACGCACGCCUCAUUCCCAAAAAAAAAAAAAAAAAAACAAACAAACAAAAAAAACUGAAGACGACUUGACAACAGGAUGAAUCUACUGCAGUAUGUUUUCAGAUACAUGUGGAAAAUAAGUGAAUGAUUCACUGAAGCUAAUGCUAACACGCUCAAUGAAUCAUACACUAUGCUCGGUGACAAUUGUAAACAAGCGAAAAAUGAAAAACAGAUGCACAAAAAGGCACGAGUUCCGUGCCUGAACACGGUCUAACUGUUGUAACGGUCUCUGACUUUGUAGCCUUUAUUUCCACAUUUCUUACCCACCAUUCCACUGUGCGGUCUCAAAAGGCGGCCAUGCUAGCAUCAAGCGUCAAAAUAAAUGUCUUCACAUCAAGAUUAUUAAAGGUCAAGUGUCAUGCUUUAAAUAUUGUAAAAUUGAUAUUUUCACGAAAAGUACAUAUAACAUGAUUCACUUCAAUGGCUAUACGAAAAAAAUAAAUAUGAGCGGAGAGCGCGUCAGCCAUGCGCAAAGUUGCGGAAGUCUCAUUCGACAUUCAGGCGGUAGCCAUAUUGGCUGCAUCUUCUGUCCGUGAUGUCACACUGCUGUGACGACGACGGUGUAGCCAAACCGCCUCCCCCUCCGAUCCAUCUCUGCGGCUAUGAGCCACAGCGGCCUGGCGCCGCGUCCGCCGGUCACGGCUUCGGCCGGGGUGGCACAUCAACACAUUUAGCACCCCUGAUUUACGGAUUACGUCCCCCUCCAACUAUUAUUGUUUUUUUAGUCGCUCUGUACACCCCUUCCUGUCAUUUUGAACCCACGAAGCUCUCGUCCUUUGCACCUGUGCAAUCCAUUUUUCACAACAAACCGGGUCUUUUUAAAAAGUGCGAAAAGCGAAUCCAUCCUCUCGAGUGUUCGAACAAGAUCCAGCAAUGCAGCGAGCCGGCAUUUUGGCUAACACGAAGGAACAACGAGCUACCUUCCCGCAGGUAAAACUAAUGGAAACAAACGAGUCCACUUGGGGGCGCCGCUGUCCUUUACGUCACUUCCUGCUUCUCGAAAACAAAUCCCUCGAGAGGAUUUUCAUGGUGGGAGUUACAAAAAGCCAUAUAUGUCAAAAUUAUGUUUUGUGGUGAAAAAAAAUGGCUGUGUCCAUACCGGGUGCCAUUUUUUUUUUCCAUUAAUAACAUACUAAAAAUCAUGCAUUUUAUGACAGUGGACCUUUCGAUAUCAUCACUCAUAUACCUUGAACCGUAAAAGUCAUUUAUAACACGAACCCCUUUAAGUCUGGUUUUUAUCGUAUUGUAUGUUGGGGGUAUUUAUUGACAUUUUAAGGUACUUUGUGUGCUUGAAUCUAGUUUGUAUUUUGAAGUUUGUGAAAGAUAUUGUUGCAUAGGCAAUGAAAUCUGACUCGUCGACGUUAAUGAUGGCUGCAAAUUUAGCCGAUAGGCAAAGUGCUUUCAUUUUCUGCCUCGUCGGGGGUCUCCUGGUGUGCUUGUUGAAGGUUUCUUCGUAGUUUCUAGACUUGACGGUGAGGUUUUGAAGCAAUUUGCAAAGUUGACCAUUUUUGCAAAAUCUACUCCCAUUGAGCAGCUAAUUUUUGUUUUGUGUGUGUGUGUCCACCCGGGGUGUCUUCUGUUGUUGAAAAUGUAUUUUUAGCAACUUUUGUUUUUCUUUUUUUUUGACAGUUAUGGAGCUGACAAUUGAAGCCCUUUGUUAAACCGUUUUUGGGGACUAGUGACUCCUCUAAAUCUUCGAGCCUUUUAAGGCCAUUAGUGUCCCGUCGAUGACGUCAUCAAGUGUCACGGCUCUUUCAUCAAUGGAAGGACAAGCAGAGGUGCAGUUCUGUCGGGUCUCGAAGUCACGCAGGGCGCGUGGUGGUGCGACUUGACAAACAAGCCCCGUGAAGAUCCCCACGAUACGCAGGAAGGUGUUACAGCUAUUUGCAUACCGGCGGGGUUUGAGGAGGACUUGACAUCGGAACAGGAAGCCGGUUAGGCAUUUGAAACGUGAGGUUUUAGCAGCCGCGUUGGAUUACAUUUGCUUUGCAACCAUCUGCAAGGGGGGGGGGGUGAAAGAGGGAGAGGCAAGGCUGCAAAACAGCAAAAUUAAUAAAGAAUACUUUUAGUGGAGUGACUGAAAAGUUCCUGUCUGCACCAUGGGGAAGUCAGCCUCAAAGCAAUUUGCAGAGGAGGUUUUGCAGUGCCAUAACGACUACAGGAGGAAGCACCAAGCUCCGGCGCUCAAGCUGAGCGGCAAACUGAACCGAGAGGCCGCCCGUUAUGCUGAAAGCCUGGCUAGCACGCGCAUCCUAAAACAUAGCGAGGAGUCGAGUAGGGGAAGCUGUGGCGAGAACCUGGCAUGGGCCUCCUACGACCAGUCAGGGAAGGAUGUGGCCGACCGCUGGUACGAUGAAGUGAAGCAGUACAACUUCAACUCUCCUGGAUUCUCCUCGGGAACCGGCCACUUCACCGCAAUGGUGUGGAAGAACAGCACGACGCUCGGCGUCGGUAAGGCCGUCGCCUCGGACGGCUCCUCCUUCGUGGUGGCCCGAUACUUCCCGGCUGGGAACAUCACCAACCACGGACACUUUGAGAACAACGUCCUCCCCGCGAAAUCCGCAGGUUGCCCUUCUUAAAAACGCCCCCCGCCGCCCCCCCCAGCUCCCGCCACUUCACUCAAACGUCGCUGCAUUGAAGUGGUGAGUUGACGAAGGGGAGUUCUACUGAUUGCCUUUUGGAGAAUCGUGCGACCGUCCAGCGUCGGACUUGAGGAGCCACUUUUUCUCCUCGGGAAAGGACUUAACAAACGGCAAAGUGUUACUACUGUGUACCGACGCACAGGGACUCACCGUGGUGUGUAUUUGUCUACAAACAAACUAAUAAGAGUAACAAGGAGUCUGUUUGACGUCUGAAAUGAAGCCAUUCAACAUUUUUGGUAUUCUGGCUUUUUUUGUACUUAUCAACCAAGAAUCUCAUGUUUGUGUUUUUACUAGUACAUAUGAUGUAGUAAAAUUGUGUGUGUGUGUGUGUGUGUAGGGGGGGGUUCAUAUUAAAAAAAACCUGUUGUAAUCUGCCAAUACUGUUAAUUAAAAUGACAAGAAUA